UGCAGUAGCUAUCUCUCUCUCUCUCUCUUGCUCAUUUCUCUCUGUGCCGGCUUUCCGUGCACUUUCUGCUUUCCUACCCUCGCUGCUGGCUCUGCUCCAGCAUCCCUCUGUGCCUCAUGCGUGCUCUCCUCCACCCGUCCUGCAGCUUAUGUUUCCCCCAGUGAGGUUUGCUGGCCAGGCUGCUUCUCUAGCUGUUGCUGCUGCUGGAGCAGAGGGGGCUACUUGAUACUGCACUGUUAAGGCGCUGCUGCCGCCGCUCUGCCUCACGUCUCAUUUCUGCCUGUUCCCUCACAGUGUGAUUUCUUGGAUUUUCAGCCCUCCCGACCAGCGGCAGAGGACAGAGAGGAGGGAGGGGAACAGACAGAGUCUCCUUGUUCUACUACUGCAUUGUCCCGCCUGUCUUUUUCUUUUCCCUGGCUGCUGGAGAACAACUGGACAGAGGAGAGCUCUUCUCUUCAGUGCUUCCCAUCUCUGCUCAUUCCUGGGACAGGGUGCAGGGGAGGAGGAAAGAAGGAGGGACUGCUAACAGGAGUCCAGACUCUUGCUCUUAGCUGCACAGCUCAGUGUCCCACCUUGUUCUAGAGGCACAUAAGUCCAACACAAAACCUAUCACUGGUGGACAAGAAGGCAGCUUGUCAAGGACAUACACUGUGGGCUUACAGAGGAACAGACGGGACCACAGUCAGACAGGCAGGUGGUGUCGGUGUCAUGGCGUCAGUGGACAGCACCGGUUUGAGUGUCUCUGGUCGGCUGCGAUCAGGGGAUCUGCUCCACACUUGUCUUAUACUUGUGCUACUGCUUGGUGCUUGGGGAGUUGGUGGAUUGGAGGUUUCCACGGGUAAAGUUUCCUCAAUAGAAGCAAUGAAUGGCUCCACAGUUCUGCUGCCCUGCACUUACUCAUCUUGCAUUGGCAUCAAAAACCUCUACUUCAACUGGAAAUACAAUGACAAUGGAACUUUUUUAAAGUUGUGUGAAGCAGAGAUUCCCACGGAGAAAGUGGAGCCAAAGGUCCAUGUUUUCCAUGAACGUGUUGAGUUUGUUGGCUCCUCAAAGACAAACAACAUCUCUAUCUUGUUGUGGAACAUAACUUUUGAGGAUGAAGGGGAAUACACCUGUUUUGCCAGAAACCCAAAAGAGAAGAACCGCAACCACAGUGCUAUCUUCACGCUUAUAGUGGUCGACCAAAUGAAGGAGGUCGACAAUACAUUGACAGUCAUUAUUGUCUCAGUUCUGGGUGGAGUCAUUGGUUUAGUUAUCCUCAUCAUGGUAAUAAAGGCAGUGGUCCUUCAUGUUCUACACAAGGGUAAUGAGAAGACUAAAGAGUGCCUGGUGAGCUCCUCAGGGAACGACAAUACAGAAAAUGGACUUUCAGGAGCCAAAGCUGACAACAAAGCUACACCAAAGGCUUAAGUGUAAUGUAAUGAUUGUAUGUUUGUAAAUAUGUUAGAGGAUUAUACAUGCUGAAAGAAAAAUGCUCUUAUCAAUGGACUGUUUUAUCCUACUAGAAUCUAAAUAAUGCAACUUCUGAAUAUCUAUUUUAAAUUGUGCUUGAGAUUUGGGUAGUGUAGACUGUGCAAGAAGCUGGAUCACUCUGUAUCUAUUGUGAAAGCCCAAUAGGCACACAGUGUGGUGCCUGUUCUAUAACUCAUCUGUAUAUUACUGAACCCAAAGUUUGAGAGGUUUUAGUUAUGGUUGUCUGUAAUUGUAGAAUUGCCCAUUCCAUUACUACUUUUAUCCACCACAUCUUAAGCUAGUAAUCUGUUUAAAUUAUCAUCAUUUAUAUUAUCACAUUAUAGCCACAGACAUGGAUUAAACUGUUAGUUUGAAUUUAUACCUUUUAAUUUAAAUUCAUACUUGAAUCCAGACAAAACUAACCAACACAGUCCACAAAUCUGCUGGUGUUUAAUCUAUAAGUCAUAAAUAAAAAGAAACCUUUCUCAAUCAUUAGCAAAAAUAAUAAAUGAAGCGAUACAUGUACAUUACUGCCAUAAAUGUUGUUAGCAUUAAUUUGAUAUUUUGCAACUGACUGAGAGUUUGAAACCAUAACUUUCUGUGCCAGUGAGUAAUGGGGCAACUGCACAUUUUUCUUCGGUUUUUCAUGUUUACAACCAGGGGCAGGCGAGAUCCACAUUGAUUUGCUUCACUAAUGAGAGUGAAAGAUUGACAGUAUAUCUGGCUAAUCACUGUGGACAGCUCUUCUUGUGGGACAGAAUGAUCCAGUUGAGCACAGCUUUUAAGGUUUUGGUUUGGAUAAACACUGGUGCCUGUUCUGCUUUUGCUCCCUCUGCUGAUGGGAGGAUAAAACUCAUUAGCAUCAUAAAAUUCCCCAAACCCUCCAAGACAAUCCUGAGAGUACCAUGCUCCCCAUAGAGACGAAUGAAUUUAAUCCUGCUGCUUCUAAUACUCAAUGCAAUUUUGGCAUGUGUGCAUUUUGUAUAUUCUCACAUGAGCGUAUGCUGCACCAUUACACACCAACAAUAGUUUGUGUUUCAUUUAGCAUUUCCAAAACCGGCUUAAUUGCUGAAAUAAACACUUUACACCAAUUUAGGGUUACUUAAAUUGUGAGAAGUCACUUAUCCCCCCCUUUUCUGUAAAACAUCAGCCUAUUGGAGGAGUGUAAGAUGUUAUUUUGGUUAGUUGAUCUACAUUUUUUCAGUCUGGAUUCCAGCUUUUAAAAAACCUAAACAAAACAUCUUUAAAAUGCAUUGCACAGCAGAAAUUAUUAUUGAAAUUCCAGUAAAAAGAAGGUCACUGAAAAACAAUCUUAAAACUAUCAAGUCAUACAGUUAAAACAUAGUUAUUGUUCCCGUUUCAUAGAGAAGUUAUAUAAACUUUUUUUAUGUUCUGAAAGGAAUUUAUAAUCAUACCACAGGGCCUGUGGGUGGUUUACUAAGAAAAAAUAACAUUCUAUUUAGAGUUAACACAUUAACAGAAGCAAGAUAGUAUCUGGUGUCCAUGAGAGUAUGUGGGAUCUGAUGUGCACCAGAUACUUUCGUUCGCACCAGAUAGGGGAGCCCCAGUAGGAGCUUCUUAAAGAGACAGAAGCCAAUUUCAAGGUGUCAGAUUGUAAAGUCAAAUUUCUUUUAAGUCAUGUUUGAUAUAUACAGCAUUUUUAUAACAACUGAAGGUAACACAUCUACUUGAUUGUGCUAUAAAAUGUUACUAUAUGCCUGGAGAGUACAUAAUAAAAGAUAAUAACAGAAUAGAGAAAAUUUGGGCUACAACUGUCACCAUAAACACUAAAUUAUUUUUGUACAGUUUCACUGAUUGGAGUAAAUGUAAAUAAGCAUAAGCACAGGCGAGUGAGUUGGAGAAGAAAGCAAUUACACUUUUCAGUUUUGCAAGUUUUUAGUUUUUUAUUAUCCAGCUUGAAAAUUGUUUUAUUUUUAUAAAUAAUUUUGGUAGAGUGACAUGUAAUCUAUAAAUAUAGUAAGAAUGCAAUAACCAAAGUACAUGAUGCACUUUCUGUAUAUUAUUUAAAUCAGAGGAGGUGGCUCCACUGUAGGCUACAUCAAAACUUGGUAUACGUUUGACAAAAGUCUUGUAGUAGAGUGACUGUCCUCUCUUAGUUUACUGGGUAUGAAAUUUUAGUCAUUCAAUGUUUACAGUAUUUACACAAAAAUUUGAAACACUGUCUAAUCACUUUUAUUAAUAACAGAAAAUAACAAGUACAGUGUAUCCUCUUCUAAAAAAUAAUACAACAUAUUGGUAGUUAAGGUUUAUUGUUUUUACAAUUUGAUUUUGAUAGACACAAUUAAGCAAAAAUAUUGAAGAACUAUUUUUAAUAUUUUAUACCAGUUCCACAGUAGUUAUUCAGCUAAUUAUGUUAUCUUAGUUUGGCUUUCUGCUUUGGCAGCGACCCUGGAGUACGUUUCUUAACAGACCCGGGUCUUGUAACGUGAGUGAUAGGCGUCACUACUUUUGUUCCUGGAAACAGAAAUGAUUCAUUUAGCCAUAUUUUUCUUUCAUGUAUGCAACAGAAAAAUGUAGAAACUUUAAUUUAGCUAGCUGACUGUCAGUGCACAGAUGGGAGAAUGGCAGUGCUGUGAUACUUUAUGCACCAUAAAGCCGUUUUAAGGACCCUAAACCAUAAGAACAGUAUGAUGGAUAAUUUUAGUAGUUAUGAAACUUUCACUUUUUGAAAAACUAGAUAUAGUUUGAUAUUCAUAAACAGCCCAUGUGUCUAGCAUAUUCCACAUUUCAGAAUAGUCAGUAAGUUUCAUUGGUCAGGUACUUUAAAGUUUGGGCACUGAACAUCACAAGAGGUUUCCUUUUAGGUUGUAAUUAUUAUGUAAUUAGUAUCCAGUAAAAUUGUAAAAUUUUAGCAACUUUUGAUGCUAAGUAGUUUGAAAAGUAAAAAACACAGAAAUGCAAAAAUGCAUGCUGGAGCAUGUCUUCGUAAAGUAACAUUGACAAAAUUCCUAUGAAACUGCACAGUCAAUAAAAUCUCCAUUUCCCCCAUUUCAAGGUUACCAUAGCAAAACAUUGUGUUGAAAGAAUUUAGGAAACCAGAGAAUCUAUUUUUUUCUUUCAGAUUUACAGCUUGAGGUCACUGCUCUGCAGCAGGCAGACUUGACCUGCUGAACACACAUUCAAAACUUCAGCAACUGAAGGUCACAUGCCUACAGAAAUCCAUCCACACAAAGACUUGCAUGCUCCUAGCCACUUUAAUACUACAAGAUUGUAGACCGGCCUUUCAAAGAAAAAAAUCAUGCACUUUAUUAAAGCAAAAUGCAACUUUGUACAAAGUUAUAAAUGAUGUUUAUAAUUUUUCCCCACAUUGUAUUAUUUGAUUUGAUCAUUUUGAAUUCUUCAUUUGUACCAGUUUUUUGCUCUCUUUUAUGAGAGUGCCGCUCUUGCUUUCAAUGGAAGCCAUAAGGCAGACAUCAGAUUAUGCAAUAACCUGUUGUAAGGCACUUUAUUGAUGUGUCUGGACAGCCAGGCAGAGCUCUGUCUGUCCUCGGCAUAUCUCAUUGCACCAAUGUGUAUAUCGAUACCACACAAAUGCAUUUUCAUCUAAUGUUCUGGUAUUAGCAUCAAAUAGCUUGAUUGAUUUGUGCUAGAUAAAGGAAACUGCAUUCCAUUUACACUUAGCAUUAAAUUCACUGUGCAGAUUUAAAAUUUGCAAUUAGCCUCAAAGCCAUAAAAAGUUAUAAAAACAAACCUUCUUAUUGUUUAUUGUGGAAUUGGCAUGAAUUAAGAUCUAAUUGAACUGUGCUUCAUGUACAGCUGCCAAGUAAAUGGCUUCAAAAGAACUGAUGAAAAUCUGAUCCCAUAUACUUACAUACUUUAACGCCACACAAAGCAGCCAAUGUCCUGCUCUUGAUAUUAUGAAUGGAUUGCAAUUAUCUGUUUCACUUAUCAGAAGCCCAUGUUGCUGAAGCAGUUAGCAUUAUUAAUAUCCAACUCAGUCUUGUAGUACGCCAUUGACAAGAUCCUGUUUGGCAAUGUGCAAUGCUGUAUAUUAAGAGGACCUUUUGUUGUGAAUGUCUUGAGGAGACAGAUGUGUUCACUUGAAUACCAUCUGGAUAAAUGUGUCUCUUACUUUCCUAAAUUAGUUCAGGCAAUCAGAUUUCAUUCAGCAACUGCAUGCAACACAAAUGCUUCAAGCACAUGAGACGCGACAGGGUUAAACAAAAAUGGUUUGGAUUAUCCCUCACUUGGCAGUUUUAAGUGCAAACUGUCUUUAGGUUGGAAUUAUUUUGCUUGGUGUAAAUGGAAAGGAGAAUGGUUGAUAUUCCUGAAGCAGUGAUUAGUUGGAUGUAACCAAAUACUGCAAAAAUUGUGCAGUUCUGUAUGUAACAGUGUCCUUAAUAUGCUCUAAAAUGUGAAUGUUAUGGAUGUAGCGAUGCUCUACUGACACACAUACUAACAUCCAGGCACAAUUGUAAAACCCUUCCUUUACAGAUCCCUCAAAAAAAUAAGGUGCAUAUCUACAUCCAAUGUCUUCGUGCAGGUGAAAGCAAUACUGGGGAGUUGGUGUGUUUGUUAGUGUUAGUUUACCCGAUAUGUCUUAACCUCUCAUUAGCAUUAUGGAUACAGUACUUGUUUUCACAAAAAAAUACUGUUGUUCUAUUUUUUAUUUCAUUUAGGGUUUCUGCAAGUUAAGGAUUCUUGCUGGUGCAAAAUGUAAUUAUUGGAUAAAAUAAGGGGUAAAACAAAGAGCAAGUGAAAGCAGUAAUGUGAGCACAAAUUUAGAAAAUAACUGAACAAUUUCAGACUUGUAAAAAAUAAUCUGGAUUUAUUUAUUUUUUUACUUUUUAAGGAUCAAAAUUCAGAUUAUUAAAUUUGAAACUUUUGUGACCUGCUGAAACCCUGUAAUCUUUAACCUUCAUUGUGUGUCUUCUCGAAUGAAGACUACUGGCUCCAGAAAACAUGACCAAAAUCUGCCCGUUAUUCUGGACUUGUUUGUUUCAUGUACACAAUAAUAUUUUUAGAGUGGUGCUCGGAUUUAGCCAGACAAAAUUACACGCCUUGCUUUAAAAUUAGUUCUGAUUGUCAAAGAGCAGCCUCUAUGUCUGUGGACUUUGUAUCAACCUCCACGCUAAUAUAAGCAAAGUUAUUUUGUUUUCUCAUCCUGUUUUUGUAUUCAUCUUGGUACUUUGAGGUGUUUUCUCUUCUCCUCUGAGAAACAUCUGCUCUGACAACAGAAUAACUCUGUAUGUCAACGACCUCCUCAUAUUGACUGCUGCAGUCCAGAUAGUAUUUGUUCAAAAUUCCACCUCUGCAGUGGUGUAACAGAGCACAGAAAAAAAAGGGAAAAAAAACGAUUGCCACCUCGUGGCAGAAAAAUGCAUAACAUAUCUCCCCUGAACGGCAAGCCAAUGUGAUAUGCCAGGUGCAUUUAGUGUAUCUCAAUUUGCAAAAUUAGGAUUGCAGCAUGUAAAAAAGCGGUCAUUUAUAGUGCAAGCUGAAAUAUAUGUUUAAUUAUCUAUGUGAUAAGAUCAUGGACUACUUCCACCACACUACACAGAUAUCCACAGUGUUGCAUUUAUUGCUAUUGCUUUGUGUAAUAAUUCGAGUUAGAGCAAGAGACCCAUUACUUUUUUUAUAAUAAAUUAAAGGAAUAUUCACAUUUAAUAAGUUUAAAAAGAUGUCUAAGUUUACAGAAAAACCAUUUAAUAAUACAGACAUCAGUUUCUGCAAAUGUUGGACAAUUGGCAAACUGCUGCCAUUUGACAGCUAAGAGUGAGAAAUGAAAAUUUGUAGACACCCUGGGGUCAGUGUUAUGAGUUCUGAGUGGCCACUAUAAUUCCUUAGGGUUAGUAUUGCUCUUACUGCCAGAGCAGCUGAAACUCGUACUGCCAGUCCAAGAGUCUCACGUCUGCUGUUGUUGCAUCACUAUUCCUACAACACAACUCUCAAACUACGUAGUUAAAAACCCACAGUAACACUGUCAGCUUCCGUAUUGUAUUACAAAUAUUGCUCAGUACAAACUGCUGCAGUAUGAGCAGGUGAAAGUCUCACUGCCACGCCAAACAUCUGACGUCUAAUUCUCUGCCUCCCACAUUCCAGUCCAGAGCUGCAACGGUUUGUGAGUUAAUCCAUUGGUGAAUUGCAGGAAAAAAGGAAACUGCCAAAUAUUUUAAUUUGUGUUUUAAAACUUUGAGAAAAUUAAGAAAAAAAUAUUUUUCACGGUUUAGUAAUGUCACUUUUAUUUGUGACUCUUCCACAAACCUAUUUAUUAUAUAAGGGUGAAAAUAUUUAGUAAUGUCUAUUCUGUUUUGAUAAGCUGUAAUUGGCAUUUUAGUCUGUUUUUGGACAUUUAAAAGACCAAAAAGAGUAAGACAAAGGUAAAUAAAUAGUACAGUAGUUGUACGUUGCAACUCUAUUCCACAAAGAUUAAAAGAUUAAAUCAUUGAUCUAAUUAUGGCUUAAAACAUAAUAACAAUUUGCUCUUGCUUUAAGAGUAUCAUAAAUGGAAAAGAAAAAUAUUAACUUUUGUAAAAAAAAAAAAUAAUAAUAAUGAUAAUAAUAAUAACAAAAGGAGAAACACACAGACCAAGGCAAGCUAGCUCAAUGUAUAAAAAAACAAGCACAUACUUAAACUGACCAAUUCCCCUUUUCAGACAGCAGCUCUAAAUUUUGGACUUCUUUAAAAUCUUUUACAUAUCUAUCUGAAAACAACAGUUUCAUAUAUUCACAUGAGACCAAACACCUUGUAGAAAUGUUAGAACUUAGGUGUAUAGCUUGAAAUUUGUUCAUAGUUUAACACAUGUAAGCAAAGCAAAUCUGCAACUCUGUACUCCUGGGUCAACUUUCCUGUGAAUGUUCAGCUGUUUGUCUUUGUGACCAUGUUGCUCAUGCUCCCUUCAUGACUAUGCACCUCAGCGUUUUGACUUUAAAGUAAUACAAGCUGAAAAUUAUAAUAAAAACUAAAUAUAAUAAUAAAACA